UUUUCUGGGAAUCAGCAAGUAAGAUCACAAGUGGUCUUUUCUUUUUUUCACUCUCUCCCAUAAAGAAAGCUUUAUCACGUGUGGCCUUAAACUUGCAGCAAAUUGCAAAGAAAUGGCUCAAAAGCUUCAGCUCUUUCUGUGCCCUGGGAGCUGAGAUGCACGUCAGUAGCCUUGCCAGCCUGGCCAAUUCUCUGCUGACUGCCAGAAAAAAAGAGGCCAGGAGGAAAGAGGAAAGAGAAGAGAUUGCUGAGGGUCUUGCUGAGCACAUUGAAAGGAACUGGCUAUCUUUGAUCUCUACCUCCAGGUCAGAGUCAAGGAACGUUUUUAUAAUGGACACUUCAUCCAAAGAAAAUAUCCAGUUAUUCUGCAAAACUUCAGUGCAACCUGUUGGAAGGCCUUCUUUUAAAACAGGAUAUCCCUCCUCAGAGGAAAAGCACCCAUGCUGUGGUGAACUAAAGGUGUUCUUGGGUGCCUUGUCUUUCGUUUACUUUGCCAAAGCAUUGGCAGAAGGCUAUCUGAAGAGCACCAUCACUCAGAUAGAGAGAAGGUUUGAUAUUCCUUCUUCACUGGUAGGAGUUAUUGAUGGUAGUUUUGAAAUUGGGAAUCUCCUAGUUAUAACAUUUGUUAGCUACUUUGGAGCCAAACUUCACAGGCCAAAAAUAAUUGGAGCAGGGUGUCUAAUCAUGGGAGUUGGAACAUUGCUGAUUGCAAUGCCUCAGUUCUUCAUGGAGCAGUACAAAUAUGAGAGGUAUUCUCCUUCCUCCAAUUCUACUCUCAGCAUCUCUCCGUGUCUCCUAGAGUCAAGCAGUCAAUUACCAGCCUCAGUUAUGGAAAAGUCAAAAUCCAAAAUAAGUAAUGAAUGUGAAGUUGACACUAGCUCUUCCAUGUGGAUUUAUGUUUUCCUGGGAAAUCUUCUUCGUGGAAUAGGAGAAACUCCCAUUCAGCCUCUGGGCAUUGCCUAUCUGGAUGACUUUGCCAGUGAAGACAAUGCAGCUUUCUAUAUUGGGUGUGUGCAGACGGUUGCAAUUAUAGGACCAAUCUUUGGUUUCCUGUUAGGCUCAUUAUGUGCCAAACUAUAUGUUGACAUUGGCUUUGUAAACCUAGAUCACAUAACCAUUACCCCAAAAGAUCCCCAAUGGGUAGGAGCCUGGUGGCUUGGCUAUCUAAUAGCCGGAAUCCUAAGUCUUCUUGCAGCUGUGCCUUUCUGGUAUUUGCCAAAGAGUUUACCAAGAUCCCGAAGUAGAGAGGAUUCUAAUUCUUCUGAGAAAUCCAAGUUUAUUGUAGAUGAUCACACAAACUACCAAACACCCCAGGGAGAAAAUGCAAAAAUAAUGGAACUGGCAAGAGAUUUUCUUCCAUCACUGAAGAAUCUCUUUGGAAAUCCAGUGUACUUCCUGUAUUUAUGUACAAGCACUGUUCAGUUCAAUUCUCUGUUUGGCAUGGUGACGUACAAACCAAAGUACAUUGAGCAACAGUAUGGGCAGUCAUCCUCCAAAGCCAACUUCGUGAUCGGGCUCAUCAACAUACCAGCAGUGGCCCUUGGAAUAUUCUCUGGGGGGAUAGUUAUGAAAAAAUUCAGAAUCAGUGUGUGUGGAGCUGCAAAACUCUACUUGGGAUCAUCAGUCUUUGGUUACCUCCUAUUCCUUUCCCUGUUUGCACUGGGCUGUGAAAAUUCUGAUGUGGCAGGACUAACUGUUUCUUACCAAGGAACCAAACCUGUCUCUUAUCAUGAACGAGCUCUCUUUUCAGAUUGCAACUCAAGAUGCAAAUGUUCAGAGACAAAAUGGGAACCCAUGUGCGGUGAAAAUGGAAUCACAUAUGUAUCAGCUUGUCUUGCUGGUUGUCAAACCUCCAACAGGAGUGGAAAAAAUAUCAUAUUUUACAACUGCACUUGUGUGGGAAUUGCGGCUUCUAAAUCUGGAAAUUCCUCAGGCAUAGUUGGAAGAUGUCAAAAAGACAAUGGAUGUCCCCAAAUGUUUCUGUAUUUUCUUGUAAUUUCAGUCAUCACAUCCUAUACUUUAUCCCUAGGUGGCAUACCUGGAUACAUAUUACUUCUGAGGUGCAUUAAGCCACAGCUUAAGUCUUUUGCCCUGGGUAUCUACACAUUAGCAAUAAGAGUUCUUGCAGGAAUCCCAGCUCCAGUAUAUUUUGGAGUUUUGAUUGAUACUUCAUGCCUCAAAUGGGGAUUUAAAAGAUGUGGAAGUAGAGGAUCAUGCAGAUUAUAUGAUUCAAAUGUCUUCAGACACAUAUAUCUGGGACUAACUGUGAUACUGGGCACAGUGUCAAUUUUCCUAAGUAUUGCAGUAAUUUUCAUUUUAAAGAAAAAUUAUGUUUCAAAACACAGAAGCUUCACAAACAAGAGAGAAAGAACAACGGCGUCUACAAGAUUCCAAAAGGAAAAUUACACCACAAGUGAUCAUCUGCUACAACCCAACCACUGGCCAGGCAAGGAAACCCAACUUUAGAAAAAUGAUGACUGGAAGUCAUGUUAUCUAAUUGGUGGAAAUUUUGUAAACAAAUAAAUUUUAAUCAAAAGUGCUCUAAAUUUGUAAUUUCUUUCUCCCUCUAAAAAAUAACUACUUUGUUUCUGGCCCUAGGCAUUAGAUAAUAUAACUAAUAACAAAUAUAAUGAAACAUAUAACAGAAGAUGUAGAUGAUAAAACUAAUUUUGAACUUUUUAAUUUAUAUAAAAAUUUCUUAUAUCAUUUACUCAUUUCACUUUAUUUUUCCCUGUGCUCAUUUUAUACACUGUAUCCCUAGAAGAACAAUGUCUCUAUUGUCACACAUGGUUAUAUUUAAAGUUAUUUAUGACCUGUGUAAUGUGUCUAGGGUAAGAAAAUACUGCUAAAAAGUAACUCAUACCUUGGGCUCCUUCAAGUAUAACUCCUAUAGUAUUUUCUCUCUUGUUGUCUUUAUCUGUGUAUUUUAAUAAUGAUCUUAGGAUGGGGCAGAACAUGGAGAGGAAGAUUUCAUUUUAAGCUCCUCCUUUUCUUUGAAAUACAGUAAUUUAUAUAGAAAUGUGUAGAGGCAAAUUAUAUUGGGGAUUAGAAUUUUGAAUUAUUAGCUUUUCUACUAUACAUUUACGUGUGCUUUUUGUGUGGCGCUGUAAGUGACUAUGGUUGUAAAGUAAUAAAAUUGAUGUUAACAUGCCUUAUUAUUCUUUUAUGAAUUAAAUGAAUUUUAAAAUAUUGUUAAAUAUAAUACUGCUCCUGCUUCAAUAUAUGUAAGCAGCUUCCUACUUAUAUACAUGAUAUGUUCCUAAAACAUGUUUGAAAGGUGAAUUUCUGAAAGUCUACAAUAAAUGCAGGUGUUGGAAAAGGAAUGGAGAGUGAUGGAUGAGUGAUGGGAAGUCUGGGUGUAGUACCUUUUGGUGCUCCACUUGCCCACAUCAAAGGGCUUAGGGACUCCUGAGCAGGGCAUUGCCACUGGGACAGGCUGCCAGAUAGCUCUGUUUCUCUGCAACUGAAAAAGUCAAGCCAAGAGUUUCCUCUUUCCUAACUUCCUAGUGCUCCUCUAACAGGGGUUGUUAGGUUCAGCAGUCCAACAUCUUUCAUCUUUAGCUCUAUUACAUGCUAUGUUUCUUCCUCCACCAUAGCUGUAAAGAAAGGCUUAAUCCUUUCAAGAAAAGCAGACUUAAGACAGAGAUUACACUAGUGAGGCAUCCUAUUCAGCUACUGCUGGCUCACCAUCCAAUUCUGUCUGCAUUCUGUUAGUCUAGUACAAUCCAGAGAAGACUAGAUGAAAGGAAAACUUGGGUUAGAAAAGAUAACCUGAAGGAAAUUCCCAUUUAAGUAAGGCCACAGAGUCCAUCAAAUGCACAGAAGGAGGACACUUACUUACUCAGGAAAUUUUCAAGGUUACAAUAGGGACCCAUAAUUCUACUAUGUAUCAGCCACUCUAAAAAUUGUAUUACUUAAUCUGUAUAGCACUCUUAGUAUCUGAAUGAUCACUUUACAGAUGAAACUGAGGCAGAGAGAGGUUAGAUACACUGCUUAACCUUGGAGGGACACAGAAAGAAUUAAACCAAGAUUUAAAUCUAAAGUUAUCUUUCCACCAGACCAACAUGACCCUAUAAAGUUACACUAAAUAAACUGCUACUAUGAUUU